GCGGCAUUGCAAGACUUGCUAGAAUCCUUUUCAUAUAACCCGGAAAAUGACAUCGGUUUCAUAUAUUUACUUAUCACAAUAGGAUCAUUUAAAAACACCUGUCGCUCCUAGACAGUUACAGAAACAGCGUAGUUCUCCUCCGGUCCACGCAUUUGAUCUCCAAAACGAGCGCGGUGAUCGAAUGGUUGUUUUGAAUUUCUAACAUGCUGAACAUGAUCGCACCGCGGAGAAAGUUUUUAAAUAAUCUAAAAGUGAGCAGAUUUCGUGCACGAACGUGACUUUUUGCACUUCAUCGCUCUUAACCUGUUGUCAUGUGAUCCUGCUUGCCCUGGGACCUGAUAACAGGCCAGGAUUUCAGUGACAAUGUUAUAACCUGAGUGAGACAGGAGAAGGGACUGGAGAUUUUCACACGUCCAGCGAAAAAGUUAGCUCAGUUUCAAAAGAAUCCUCAACUAAAUCGGUGAACGAGAUGCACUUAACGCUGCGAAAUAGGUGAGAGCGGUUGUUUUCUGCUAAGUUAUCGAGAGAUGAAUAAGAUCAUCAAUGGCGUCAGAGAUUAUAAUAGAACAGACCACGAAUGGCCCGCGAGAAGUGUCAAACAUCGAUGAAAUCAUCUCAACGGCCGAGACGGCGAGUUUGACUUUGAAGAUCUUCCUUGAUUACGCUUGGAUUUCAGUUUUGUUUAAAAUUACUGGGAAUCUUUAUUAAGCUUCUCUUAGUUACAAAUAUUAGCAAAUUAGAUUUGUGGAGGUGGCAGUCAUGCUGUUGAAGUGGGCGGUGAUUCUGUCUGUUUUCGUGGCUGCGAGUUUUGGAAGCGUUCUGCCAGGAAAGCGGUCGGAUUUUUCAAUGUACGACAAUCAGUUUAGUCGAGUUGGAGACACAGAACUGGAUGACGAGAUCACAGAUUGCGCGCUUGUAGAGCACCAGUACAGAAAAGGAUACAUCAGAUUGAGAGAAUACCUCGAGCGGAAAAGAGGUUGUGGAAGACGAGGUAACUUAAACCUGGAUGUCCUCAAGAACAAAAUUUUACACACCACCAAUGCAACUUUCCUACGGCGCAUGCUCGCGCUCAUCCAAAAGAUCACUCAUCACAAGGACUUCCACAAGCUUCAAGCUCCUGCGCGAAGCUUCGUCGCUCAGGCAAACACCGCUGUCCAGGCGCUAAAUAAUGCGUACAACGAGAGAGUCUCGUCUUCACCGGUAACCAUGGGGAUAGAUUAUCCGCUGUCCAAGAAGUCCGCUGUACAGAGGUUUAACCAAGCCUACAACAUCAACCAGAGAAUCUCGGCCUCGCCAAUAAACCUUGGAACUGUAAACCAGCUUUAUGGAAAUAACUACAAGAAGUCCACUGUCCAAGCCAUGAAUAACCAAGCAUACAACGACAGGAUAUCUGCUACUUCACCGCUCAAUAUGGCGACUGGUAACCCGGUCUAUGGAAAUAACUAUUCUGUAUCCAAGAAAUUCCAAAUUGCAAGAAACCCGUAUUACCAAAACUAUUAUCAAUACAGACAACCUUACUACAGCAAUUUGCAGAGUAUGCAGUAUGGCUUGUACAACGGCAAUCAACCAUAAGGAACGUGGUUUGAAUCAGCUCGAUUCACAGCUUAACUUUACAAGCCAAGGAGAUGUCAGUUCUAUGUUAAGGUUACUGCGUUAGUUCACAUUCAAACAAUCGAUAACUUUUGCCCGUUGUCCUUGAGCUGGCGUAACGUAAUUUCUCAGUGUUGUAUGGAAUCGUACGCUUAUGUCAUUGGGCUCCAAGGGGAAACUAGGCUUUAAUGAGCCUGAACUGUAAAAAAUGUUUGUCCAAAUAUGAAAGUAAUAUAAAUCAUUAGACUAUUGUUUUGGGGUGUCCUCCAGAUUAGUUUUAUCCAUCGCCAAAAAGAGUUUAGGAGACAAAUUCCAUGGGCUAACCGACUUGGAGUAAGGUUUCCAUAAGACUUAGCUUACGUCAUUAAAGGCAAACAUGUUUUAUUCACCACUGAUAACCCUACGAUUAUAGUUCGCCAUCACUUUCGAUUUCUGCAUCGACUAGCAUUUUAAAUCAGCCAUGACAAAACUACAUGACAAGGACUGUAAACACCCUAAGCAUCUAGGAAGAAAAUUUAAUCAUGGACAUUGCCUCAGUCAGGAUAAAAACUGAGCAAACGGGAAUUUCUUUUGCAUGGGACAUUGGUUUACAUUUCUGUACUGGUCUGCUGCUGACAGUCCUCAAUACAAAACCGGUGUCUUUAUUAGCACUAAAAGACAUAAAAAGGUCAAAGAGUAAAAUUAAAUGCAACAAUAAAUUUCUAUAGCCAUAUUCCAUAAAGAUCAGAUAAGCAAACGAACAAAAAUAGUCACUUAGGAGAAAAUAGCUGUCCAGAGUCGAUUCUUUUGAAACUAAAGCUAAAAAAAUGUAAAUAUCUUAAAAUCUGCAUGAAUUCAAACCCCUGAUUACUACAUGCAGGCUAUGAGAAUCAUUGUUGUCACAUUUGCGAAACAAAUCGUGUAAACUUUUUUUAAAGUAACUUCGCAAAAUAAAGGAGGAAUAUUGUUCACAACCUACGCAGUAGUAAUGUAGAUUUUUCAAAUGCGCAUUAAACGGUCUUAAGCCGUUAUCAAGCCAAUGAUAGGUCGACUGGCUCGCAUUGCCCUUUAAUUAAACACCAAUUAACCAUUGUGCAACUGAUCAUCGACUUUCAACCAGUCUGAAAGUUUUUCGGUCAGGCAUGAUCAUGUUUUAGCAGCAUUUUAAAUGACUUAACAGGGCUGGCUCAACUUGUUGUCGAAAGCGGCGGAUCAUGAAGGUCUGGGUACAGACAAGUUCCCGUAAACGAGAGGGCACCACUUUUCCACAUAUCAAGCAAAACAAAACAAGCCGCUAUCUUCUGCGCGAGCUUGAUUUUUGACUGUCGUUAACUCUUUCGCACAUGCACCAUCUGACCAUGUGGAAUGACAGCUGAUGAUAGUUAGAGGGGCAAGUAAGCCGCCUUGACUAUAUAUCAUCGACUUUCAUGAGUCGUUUCUCCAGGGAUUUGGAAAUCCGCAGAUUGUUAUAACCGUCGUAGUCAGCUAGUCAACACUACAAAAUAACUAGUAUGAUGCGUUAUUUUAUUAACAACUAUUUGCUUGUCAUCAUAAAGGCUUUGUAGAAAAAUAAAAGCUCUUAACAUUUUUA